CGAAGCAGGAGCUGGGGACUAGAGCGCACUCGGACCUGCUCCACUCCUGCACCGCGGCCAAGGAGAGCAAAGAGCGCCCAGCAAGUGCGCACCUGCGGAGCAUCCCGGCGGUCUGACCGCAAAAUCGAACAUGAAAAUCCUCGUGGCCGUGGCAGUCUUUUUCCUCGUUUCCACUCAACUGUUUGCAGAGGAAAUCGAUGCCAACGAUGAUCUAAAUUAUUGGUCCGACUGGUCCGACAGUGACCAGAUCAAGGAGACAAUGCCGGAGCCCUUUGAGCAUCUUCUGCAGAGAAUCGCCCGAAGACCCAAGCCUCAGCAGUUCUUUGGAUUAAUGGGCAAGCGGGAUGCUGAUUCCUCAGUUGAAAAACAAGUGGCCCUGUUAAAGGCUCUUUAUGGACAUGGCCAGAUCUCUCACAAAAGGCAUAAAACAGAUUCCUUUGUUGGACUAAUGGGCAAAAGAGCUUUAAAUUCUGUGGCUUCAAUGCAGAACUAUGAAAGAAGACGUAAAUAAACCCCUGAACGCACUAUCUAUUCAUCUUCAUCUGUGUCAGUGAGCAGUGAACGGUAACAGAAAAGUGUGCGCUAUGAGGAAUGAUUAUUUAUUUAAUAACACAUGUUGUUGUGAGUGAAAAACUCAAAAAAAGAAGUGUUUAUUUUUUCAUAUUGUGCCAAUAAGCCUUGUAACUCUAAUGUGGUGACCUCCCCAGAAGUAGAACUUAGUUGUUACUCCAGCAAAGCACAGUGUUGAUGGAGUCGUCCAAGCUUGCCAGUGACGCAGUCUCCAAAGGACAGCUGCUGUGAGCCAGCACAGGCAGCUGCCACUAGAAGCAAAGAAACUCCUGUGCAUCUUGCGCUUCCCCUGGUUGCUUUCAUGCUGAUAAUGUAUUGAGACUUUGGGUUUUGACUCUAUUUGUAUCCUAGCAGCAUGUUUCAUGUUUCGUGACUAUAUAGAGAUGUUUUGAAAAAGUUUCAAUGUAAUUCUCUGGUCUUCAGUCAUUGUAUGAUGUGUUGUGAUAGCUACCAUUUUAAAUAAAAGAAUGUAUCUUCAGGAA